AUGAUGGGUUCGACUCAAAAUUUUGAUUCCGAUAGUGAUGAUUCAACUUUAAAGAAUCUCGAAGGCCAGAGAAUCGAAAACAUAUCUGGCUUUGUCAUGCAAAGAAUAAUAAGGUCAGGAUUUUCUUCAAUAUUUUUGUCUCUUGACCAUCCAACUUUGGAUUCUGGAAUAUCCCUAGGUUUUUUACCUUGUCCUGUGAAGAUUCAGGCAUCAACAAACCAGGGUUUCUUGCUUUGCACGCAUACCCUGCCAAUAUAUCCAAGCGUUCCUCGAUAUUAUGUGUGCAAACCUGCCACCAAUCAAUGGAAACAGAUUCCAAAUCCAAAGGCUCGAUAUCGGACUAAAGCAAUCGGCAUGGUUGUGUUAAGUUCAAGCCCUUUGCAUUACAAAAUUGUAAGAUUCUCCCAGCCUAAGUUUCGUACGAAUAGAGACUCCUUCCGAUUUAACAAUCUUCGAUGUGAGAUUUUUGAUUCAAAGAUCCAUGCAUGGAAGCAACGGGAGGAAGUGAAUUUGUACGAGUCAUUCCUCGGUUUUAACCCAGCUGUAUCGGCUUGUGGUUCACUUCAUUGGCUUACUAAGAAUCACCAUCGAAAGUUCUUUACGCUCGUCGAGUACGAGGGAAAUCUUGCCCUAAUAUGUAAGGAGGACGACCAACGUUUCUUGGAGUUAUGGAUCAUCGAGAAUUAUGAUAGAAAAAUAUGGAAGAAGACACAUAUCGUGAACUUGGAAGCCUUAACUAAAGAGUUACCAUAUAUUACCCUUACUGGCUUCUGCAAUAUUGCUACUGUUGCAUUAAGGAAUGGAAUUGAUAAGUUGACAUUUUUCAACUUGAAAAAUGGAAUUACUAACUCUUUGAGCCUGGACAUGGGCUAUGAUGCUGUAGAGACCUUUUCUUUUCAGUCAGAUUUUGAGCCUUAUGUGCAUGAAUCAGCUUUGGAGGAUUCAAGAGGAAACCAAGAACAAGAAAAUUGA